CAUAUAAGUAAAGUAUACUGGUUGGUUAAACAGUUUGACUCACGUUACAGCUUUUGUCUAACAGACUUUGCAUUUUCAGUUAAAGUGAUAGCCCUUAUGUAAAUAAUUAGGUAUCUGGAGGAUAAUAAUACGGAUUUGCUGGACAUAUUUUGAGUUUAUAUUUAUCCAGAUAUGGGCUGUAAUCAAGGUACAGAAGUAGAGAUUUAAAGUAUGUACUAUACGCAAUGUUACUGAAAAGAAAUAAUGCAUGGUAUUAAAUGUAUAAAAAUAUAAUGAUAGGUGAAAAUGGUAAUUUCCUUGUCCCUUUUGUGAAGAUUUGGGGGGCCCACCAAUACUUCUAUGGACCGAUCACCCCUUUAAUAUCAAUGGACUUUUGGACAGUCUCUUAUUAUUGCCAUGAGAAGAGCAAAGAAGCAGACAAAUGCUGAAGAGUGGGAGACAACCCAGUUUAGUCAAAGUGGCUAUGUUUAAUAUAUGUUUACUUACCUGUUUACUUAUCACUGUUAUGUUAUGUGUUGUUUUUUUUGAUGUUACAGAGUAAUCUUGAAAAUGUUGCAGAACAUUUUUUUUUAUUUUUGUGGGGGAGGGUGUUGCAGCCGGGAAAGAUUAAGUUGAUUUAUUUUAAUUAGAUAUUGUCCAGGAGAGAUGUUUUAGCAAUAAUCAUAUUUUUUCUGUCUUAGUUAUGACAAUAAUUUCUAAGUUUGGUUAUUUGCUCUUUUAUUUUGAAACUACCUGCUAGAUGCAGCAUAUUUCCUUUUUGUUGGGGUGUGCGGAUGUGCAGAAGAAGAGCUGCGUCUAUGGUUUUGUAUGUGAUCACAUUCUGUCGCUCCGGCUGUCUCAGAAAACGUAGCAAAAGAGAAAAAAAGCGCUCAGUUCGGGGCAAAUAAAGUUGCAAAAACGAAGACGGAGUCCUGUCCAUUUUCAAGGGUGCAACAUAAAUUUGGUGUUUCCGCCCGGUUGGAGUGCUUUUUGCAACGAAGUCCAUCGAAAGAGACACGUGAGUGACCGCCAUGAGAAUCCUAGCUGAAUUAGCUUAGCUUGCUAAAGUGCCCGACGUUGUUCUGCGACCACGCAAACGGCAAAGAUAAAGGUUUUGCACGAAAGCUACAAAUGUAAAGAUGGCAUCUCCAUGGGACAGUGUUUAUGAGGAAAUAGAGGAAAAGCUAUUGACGUUACCUCUGCCGGAAUUAAACGAAGCCUGUGAAUCACUUGGAGUUCCUGUCAGAGAGAGUGAUAAAGACUUACCUCGUAGGCUGAGGAGACAAAUCCUGCAGUUCCUAGAAAGUGAAGAAGUAACAUCACUCGAGGAUGAGGGGAUGUCUUUGUUACUUGCAUUUAAUGACAAGAUUGACGAGUUAAAAGAAAAAGACGAUGACACGGAGCUUCGUUCAAAGAAAAUGGCGCCUCAGCACCCUCCUGUGGCAGAAAAUGGUACCGCAUCCAAAAACGCAGUUGGCGAAAAUGAAACGGUUUUAGCUUCCAAAACAAGUGAAACGGGUAACACUGCUGAAAAGAACCCCACAUUUAUCCACCAAUUUUACAGGAAGGAUCUAAAAAUUAUUGGACAGAUUGGAGAACCAAAUCAAAAGGAUAAAUUAGGAUUUGCCAGUCUUGAAAGACAAAUUCAAAAAGCUCUGAAAAAGGGAUAUGAUGAAGGAGAAGUUGUUGAGGCUAUCAUUCAAGCCAUUAUCCCAGGGACAAAACUGAAAAGUUACCUAGAAAGCAGAGUCGAUUUGACACUUCAAGCUCUCAGACGAAUACUACGGACACAUUACAUUGAAAAGGAUGCCACAGAACUUUACCACUCACUUACACGUGCCGUGCAAGAAUCCAAAGAAACCCCAAUUCAGUUUUUGGUCCGAGCCAUGGACUUAAGACAACAAGUUCUUUUUGCCUCAGAAAGAGCUGAGUCUGGAUUGAAAUACAGUUCAGAAUUAAUCCAAAAUCAGUUCCUCCAAACAAUCCUUACUGGUCUUCAAGAUGACAUCAUCCGAGCUGAUCUAAAACCAUAUCUGCAAAACCCACUGGUAAAAGAUGAGGUGCUUCUGGAAAGAAUGACCGCUGCAUACAGCCUGGAAAUGGAAAGAAAGAAUAAGCUUUCAACUACACUUAAACCAAGAAUGGCUAAAGUUGCAACUGUUUGUGAGGAGAAAGGUCAUCUUGAUGAAGACAGAUGUCCACAAGAGACAAAGAAAAAGUACAAAAAGGUUGAAACAAUGAAACGUGACACACUGAUGGAGAAGGUUGAUCAAAGCAACAAAGCUAUAUGUGAAGCCAUCCAGAAUCUUUCCUCUCAAAUUGCAAGUUUAAAUCAAUGUCCAAGACCACAAAAAGUAAAAAUGAAUGAGCGACGAAGCUGGAAACCUCGUCCACAGACAAGGAUAAACAAGCAGUGUCAUCAGUGCCGAACAACAGACCAAGAAGGCAGAUGCAAUCACUGUUACAAAUGUGGGAGCACAGAUCAUUGGGCAGCUGGUUGUCGUACCAAGAAUGUUGCAGUUUCCACCAACAAGAUUGAAAUUCAGUCACAUGCUGAAGUAAAGAUGAACCAUGUGGAGAAGCUCAACCAGAAAACACCUCUCACUGGUAAGCAGCAACAAACAGCCAAGCUAGUAGGGAAGAGAUGUUUAGUCCGAGCGUCCCUUGGUGGUGUUGACACCACAGUGCUGUGGGAUACAGGGUCACAGGUAUCCAUUGUGGGAGCACACUGGAAAAAAACCUACCUUCCAGACACUGAAGUAAGACCAGUUGAAGAGUUGCUUGAAGAAGGUGCAUUAGAUCUCUCAGCUGCAAAUGGAACUGCAAUUCCAUAUGAAGGAUGGAUUGGAGUUGAUUUCACCCUGUCGCAAAAUGCUGUGUCUGGAAUGAGUGACAAACCAGUGCUGGUUCCAAUUUUGGUAGCUCAUGGUGACCUUGAACGCCCCAUCAUUGGGUUUAACGUGAUAGAGGAACUCGCUCUGACUAAUGAAACAUCUGGAGAUCAAACUUCGUCUAGCUUCAUGGUGAAAAGACUUUCUUCUGCUUUAGAAGUGGGGCGCAAAACUGCUAAAGCCGUCUUAUCUGUUCUAAAANUGUGUCUGGAAUGA